CCGUUGCCUCUUUCGCUGUUAGCUCUCUUUUCUCUUAUCCAUUCCCUUUCUUUCCCUCUCUCUGAAAACCCUAAUCCUCUCCCUUCCCAAAGUUCCGAGCUUUUUGAUCUCACGCGAGGCUUCUUCGAACGAGAAAUGAGGGUCUGAGACAGCGACUAUGGCUUUGAUAACACAUCAAACACAGGGUCCUUAUCAAACUGCUUACUUGAGACCUAAACCAUGGAGCCAAGGGUUGAAGCUUAGAUCUUCUGUAGCUUUUCAGUUGGUUGACAAAACAGUUGCAUUUAUCCCAUUGACGCAUCACAUCUAUUUGAGGCCCCUUCAUAUUAAUUUGUCAAAACGAAAACCUUUCAAAGUCUUGUCAUUUAAAGGCAAUGCACAGAAUGAUGAAUCAGAUCAUAGCAGUGGUAGUUCCAAAUUCACCAAAACUCCUGUUCAAUUCUCUCAUACACAAGAGGAGCGAGAAAUAAUAACAGAAUCGCCUGAUGUACAAAGUUAUCCAAUGUCCUAUGCAUCCGAAGAUGGAGAGGACACAACAGCAGGAUCUCUUGCCAUUCAGAAACUAUUCAGGAAGUGGCUGUUGAUGCUUCGGACACAGACAUUUAGUCCAGCAGGUGAAGUUUUGGGUGAAAAAGUGGCAGAAAGCAAAACAUCUGAAGAUCAGACAGUACCUUUAAAAGGGGAAGCAGGACAACUGUUGAAAUCCACACUAGUGCACUUCCUGAAGCUUGAUGCAGCAAUUAGUCUCCCACUAUUGAUGUUCAUUCCUUUCUAUCUGACUGUCAGAAUGGUUUAUGGAGCUGAAGUCACAAAGGAGUUAACUCCAAUGUGGAUUCUUGGGCCACUGAUUGUUGCUCUCUAUGUAAAGAUUAUACAGGGCCUGUGCUCUCUCUAUGCAUUUUGUUUCAUGCUUGCUGUUAGAUUGGUGAAGAACUUGCCGUCCUACUAUCACUUGGUUUCUAGUUACAUAUCUGAAGGGAAACUCAAAGCUUAUUUGUAUCUUCAUUUCUGGAAGCCUGUCGAAGAUGUUAAGAACAUGGACUACAAGCUGUUGUUUGCUAAAAAGAUGAAACAGCUGCAGGAAUGGGCUGUUGAGAAGUACCUUGAUUAUGUUGAAUCAAUAUGGCCAUAUUAUUGCAGGACUAUCAGGUUUUUGAAGAAGGCUAACCUCAUCUAGAUUAAAUCCGAUGGAAAUUUAUGAUUGUGUUUCAUUACAUGCUUUUGGUUAUUCUUUUGCAAUGGUAAGGUGGUGAUUUUGGGGGAUUAUCUGAAUUUUUAUGUUGAGUUAGAUACGUCUAAUUGAAGAGCGAGCUUUUCCUUCUUUUAUUUUUUCCCAUUUCCCCCCUCCAUUGAGCAUGUUCUUCAAGGAAAAUUAGAGAUUAGGCGGAAAGCAUUGUAUGUUGUAAAUUUUCACCUCUUAUAUUUGGGUGAAGUCCCUUCCUGUAUACUACUUACAAAAUUGAUAGAGAAUGUUUUCUUUUCGUAUCUGGAGACAAAAUGCAAAAGAUAUUUCCUAUC